CUUGGCUUGACUGGUCCCGGUCGUGGCACACGUGCUCUCUCGGAUUGACGGACAGGGAAAUAGCUCAUGACCCUCCAUAUUAAUGUUCCCCCGGACGUUCCCAACCAACCAGCGCUGCGACAUUUCCCAUAUACAUGUGGUCCUAGAAUUUACCAGGGGCAGGGUCUUCGCAGUGCCGACGUUCUUUCCUACUUUGCUCCCAAUGAGACGUUGCGCUCGUGCCCAAUUGCUUCGUUGUCUCGAACGGGCGCUCGGUCCGGUUUGGACGACCUGGUGAGCAGCUUAUUAUUAGCCACUUGUGGCGCUAGGUUUGCACUGAGAGUGAAGCUCAUGGAGUCGGCGGUUGAUGGUCGAGAGAAGUUCGUGAGGCGCAGUCGCCAUGAAUGGUUCGCAUGGCUGUGUCUUUGGCUGACGAUUCCCAUCAUCUGCUUUGGACUUUAUACCACUAUUGUCCAGAACAAAUGGGGAGUCUCGUUGCCGCAAAGCUCCCGGCUUCCCGAUGGUGGCCACAACAGUGACACCGCACUGCCGCAAAGCCACCACGAACCCGGCGGCGACCUCCACGUUAACGACCCGUCCGUAUUGCACCCGGACCAUCAUAUAUUUCGCCAACCACGCAGUAUUCGCCUAAGGUGGAACAUUACGAAGCAAGGACGCAGGCCUGAUGGCGUGCUCAAGGAUGUUUAUCUCAUCAAUGGUCAAUUCCCUGGCCCGACAAUAGAAGCGCGAUCGGGAGACCAAAUUGAGGUCACAAUCACUAACAACAUUGACACGGAUACUGGCGAGGGGCUUGCCAUACACUGGCACGGCAUGUUCAUGAAAGAAGCCAAUGAAAUGGAUGGUGUAGUCGGUGUGACACAAUGUUCUAUACCUCCUGCCGCCUCGUUUACCUAUACAUUUCGAGUUCAUCCAGACCAACAUGGAACAUUCUGGUACCAUGCACAUUCUGCGGUACAACGAGCAGACGGUCUGUACGGCGGCUUCGUUGUUCACAAGCCUGUGGAUCAAGACGGACAAAAUGACCCAUCGCUCUACCAGUACGAUAGCGAAAAGUUGCUACUCAUUGGUGACUGGUAUCAUGCUAGUGCCGAUGCCGUCCUCGCCGAAUAUAAAGAUUUCCGUAAUUUUGCAUAUGAGCCAGCUCCAGAUUCCUUGCUCAUUAAUGGUCAUGGAUCAUACAACUGUUCGGACGCCCGCCCUGGAGCCCCGGUUGACUGCGUGGAAGUUCCAGUCCCCGUGGUCCGUGUCCCAGGCAAGAGGGCUACACGGUUGCGGGUAAUCAAUACUGGGUCAUCUACAGGAUACUCUCUUCAACUAAAAAAAGCCACCUUUCAGCUGAUUACAGUCGAUGGAGGCGGAAGGGUAUCGGAUGAAACACCACAGACACCUACCAUCGGAGUUGUUUACCCCGGUCAGCGGGCUGACCUCCUUCUGGUUCCGGACGACCGUUCCACCCGAGAUACAGAUGCCACCAUCUCGGUCAUCCUAGAUCAAGAAUUAAUGCCUCUUUGGAAUCCUGCGCUUACAAGCAAACAAUCUUUCUCACUUGCUUGGUCCGAUUCCCUCGAUACGACAUUCCGCCGCAAGACAAACGGCAUGCGUAUCGUCAACAUCUAUGAUCUCGCUGAUAUACAAGCCCCUCAUGUUCCAACCGCAUAUACGCUGCGAAAUGCGCCAGAUGAGAUUGCACUGCUCUAUACCAGUCUCGCGAUCAACUCAUUUAAAGACGAUGAGCCAUGGGGUGAGCUCAACCAUACAUCAUGGGUGUGGGAAAACCCGAAGGCAAAGCCUUUGUUAGCCAUGAACAAGGCAGACUGGGAGAAUGGCACUGUUCAAGCCAAUCCCAUGAGAAGCUUCCAUGUUCCGUGGUUUGAGGCUGAUAAUGAGAGAUGGUUGGAGCUGAUUGUAAACAACGUUGACGACAAGGGCCAUCCGUUUCACCUGCACGGAUAUGACUUCUACGUCGUCGCUUCGCGUCAGCCUAGCGCACGUGGGAAAACAUAUAACCCCUUUGACGAAGCGCACCAGGCAUAUAAAGAUCGGAAUCUGGACACCCCAGUGAAAAGAGAUACAGUAUAUAUUAAGCCACAGGGCCACGUUGUGUUGCGUUUCCAGCUGCACAACGCCGGACUGUGGCUCUUGCAUUGCCAUGUUCUAUGGCAUCAGGCGGUCGGGAUGGGCAUGGUGAUACAGAUCGGCAAUGUGACACAGGAGACGGCGAAGAAAGCCGGGGAGUCUUGUAAAUAAUAACGAUUAAUCUCGUUCCCAGGAUGUAGUUGGAGGACCACCACCUCUGCCGGCAGUAGACAUAGACUAAAACGGCUGAAUUAGAACUCAAUUAUAAAGCUG